AUGGGAGAUCAUGCAGUUAGACCUUUAAGUGCUAAAAGCCAGAAUGAAAGUGAGUACGUAUUUAAUGAGAGCAUCUAUAAAAAAGAAAAUGAUGCUAUGGUUGGAAAUGGACCAAUAGGUAAGCAUCAAAUACAAGAACAGAAAGGAAAGGCAGAGAUUGGGAAAAACUUGAAUGAAGUUAAAACAAGCUCAAUGAAAUUAGGCACAGUCGUGGAAGAAGCAGCUAAAGAGGAUGCGGUUGGAACAAAUUCUGAAAAGCCAAACGCGGGUGGUCCUAAUGAUGGCGAAAUGGAGCAAGACCAAGUGAGCAAAAUACUCGAGGAUGACAAAAAUACCAACAGCGAAGGAAACAAAUUUCAGCGCAAGGAAAAAGACGUAAUUGCACAAGGGGAAGAAGAAUGGGUAGAGAAUAGUCAAAUUUGCAAAAAGACGAAUUAUGAGAAUGAUAAAUAUGAGUGUAUGAGUACACACAACAUAUAUACUAAACAAAAUGAUGAAUGUAAUGGAAAUAAAUAUUUAAAUAAUUAUACAGAAAAGUGUACAAAUCAAAUGACCAAGGGUUGGGAAAAUUCCCCAUAUGAUAGUCAAAUGGUCAUGAACGAAAAAAAAAAAAAAGAUAAAAUAAUAAAAUUAUGUAUUGUUGAGGAAAAAGAGAAUACUAACAGUGAAGAAAAUAAAAAUUAUAACUCCAAUAAUGUAAGGUAUAACUCAUUAAAUGAAAACAAAGAUAGUGUAGCAAUGAAUAAGUGCCAUGAUAAGAAAAAUGGCAAUACAUUUAACAAUGAAAAUAGCAAUACAUUUAACAAUGAAAAUAGCAAUACAUUUAACAGUGAAAAUAGCAAUACAUUUAACAAUGAAAAUAGCAAUACAUUUAACAAUGAAAAUAGCAAUACAUUUAACAAUGAAAAUAGCAAUACAUUUAACAGUGAAAAUAGCAAUACAUUUAACAAUGAAAAUAGCAAUACAUUUAAAAAUGAAAAUAGCAAUACAUUUAAUAAUGAAAAUAGCAAUAUAUUUAAUAAUGAAAAUGGUAAUGAUAAUAAUAAUGAAAAUGGUAAUGAUAAUAGUAAUGAUAAUAGAAACGACAGUAGCAAUGGUAAUGAUAAUAGAAACGACAGUAGUAAUGGUAAUGAUAACGAUGAUAACAGGAAUGAUGGCCACAAUGAUAACAGGAAUGAUAGCCACAAUGAUUACAGGAAUGACAAUUAUGGCAGUACCAGGCGUAGGGAAAACGCAAAAAUUAUGGAACUACACAAAAAUGACAAAGCCACAAAUAUAAAUAUCUAUAGACGCAUGUACCAGUCAUACAUUUUAUUAAAAAGGGAAUACAACGAAUUAAUAAAUGAAAACAGAAAAAAAUUAGGAAUAAAUAAAAAAUUAAAGUAUGAAUUAAAUAAUUUAAAGGAUAAUAAUUAUUAUUCCAAUCUUUUUUUUAAAAGUGAUUCAGAUAAUCUUUUUGACGAAUUAGCAUCAGGAAUAAGUAGCAUUUUUAAAUGGAUUGACAUCGAAAAUAAAAUUGCUCCCAAAAGUUCAGUCAUUAAUAGGCCAAAUGCUGAUAAUAACGUGAAGAGCGAUAAGUAUGGUUUGCAACUUCUUAACAAAAAAGAGCUUGUACAUAAUCAUGCAUAUCAUCAAAGUGAUACAGUAAUUAAUUUGGAAACGAUAGAGAAGCAAUGUGUGGACGAUAUUGACAAUCAUGUAAUAGUUAGGAACGAAGCAAGUGCUAAAGAAAACGAUUCGAAAAAUGACAAAACAGACAAAAAUUUACCAAGUAACAAUACAAAUGAAUGUAUAAGGAAUGCUGAGCAAAAUAACAAAGAGAUGAAACAUACCUUCCAAACAAAUGGAGCAUGUAAAAAUGAAGAAAAUGAAUUAUCAAGUAAGAACACACUAUUCAAUAUAGAUUUGUUCAAAAAUGCUAUUAUUAGUAACUUCAUUCCGAAUAGCACUUGCACCGGUGAAGUUAAUGUAGACUCAAUUCACUCCACUAGUAAAAAAAGAACAAAUGAAAAAAGUAUGAACGGUUCCAAUGGCUGUAACGACCUCCAGAUGAGGUACAGUAAUGGUAAUAGUAGUAGCAGUAGCAGUAGUAGUAAUAGUAAUAGUAAUAAUAACAGUAAAAAUAAUGGUAAUAAUAAUGGUAAUAAUAAUGGUAAUAAUAAUGGUAAUAAUAAUGGUAAUAAUAAUGGUAAUAAUAAUGGUAAUAAUAAUGGUAAUAAUAAUGGUAAUAAUAAUAUUAGUAACAGUAAUAAUAAGAAUUUCAUGAAUGAGGCAAAUAUUAAGGCCAAGGUGAAAGACGCUGACUAUGAAACGAUACCCGUUCUCAAUGAUGAGGGGUUUAUUAAAAUCGAUUUAAAUAUUAUGCAAAGUGAAAACACAAAUGUAAAUGAUGAAGCUGCUAAGAAGGAGCCACUUUUAAAAAAUGAUAUGUUAGCAUGUAAGGACAAAUGUCUAGUAGGUGGUACUGCUAUAGGGGAAAACACCUCAAUAUUUAGUACUACACAAGAGAAAGAAGUGUUUCCGAUCUGUCAAAUAUAUAAGCAGCAAAAUGGUCUUCCAUACUCCCAGCAAUACGCACAGCAAAUGAUACAACGUAACAGAAGCAAAUAUUCGUACAUUAGUAAAAUUGCACAAAAAGCUCCACCUAAUAUAGCAGAGAAAAAAUAUAGUCCAAAAUUGAACUUAAAAAAUGGAGGAGUAUAUAACACCGUUUUGGCUAGCAGUACUUAUGAGCAAAGAAUAAGAAAAAACUCCUUUUUAUGGGAAAAGGAAAAUAUAGGAAAAAAAAGAGACACAAAAUAUGUCCACUGUACUAACCAAUUUGAAGAAAGAGAAAGGAGCUUUUUAAAAAAGAUAAAUGACGAUACCUUAUUACUUAGUAGAGAUCCAAUAAAGGAAAACAUUAUCGACUAUAUAAAGAAGAAACUACAUAUGAGGAACAAAAGUAUGAUUAACACAGAGCAGGUUAUGAGCUGUAACGAAAGUACAAAUGGAGCACAAAAAGAACAGCAAAAUGGUAAAGUGGCAAGCAACAAAUUUGUAAACACCAUACAUGAAAACACAAAUGAUAUGACAAAGAUUGAUGACUUUAAUGAUGACCUUAAUGAUGAUGUUAAUGAUGAUGUUAAUGAUGAUGUUAAUGAUGAUGAUAAUGAUGAUGUUAAUGAUGAUGAUAAUGAUGACAAAAAGGUGAAAACGAUUUUUCAUAUAUGUAAUUUUAAGGAAAAUAAAUACAUUCCCAUAAAUUUAAUCAAUUUUUUUUUAAUUAAUGAAAAGAAUACACAUUCGGAUAUCGAUAUCAGUUUAAACUGUUUAAAAAAAAAUAUGGAAUUUAUUUUAAAAAAAAAUAAGAAAAAAAUUGUAUAUAAUAUGAGCAAUAAUUUUGAUAAAUGCGCUCCUCGCGCAAACAACAAUUUAGUAGAGAGAAGUGCCCAUACUACUAUUUCAAAUUUGACCAAUUGUCAAAAAAAGGGUAAUUCAGGGCGAGACGAAGCUGCAUCAUUACAUAAAAUUGAUAACAGUUCGUGUAACAGCGAUAAAAAUUUCGAAAUGGAAGAUACUCAUAUUAUUAACAAGUCAGAAAUAAUAAAAAAUAAAACAAAUUGCAAUUUAAAAUCUAUUCAUGGUAACUCCAAUUAUGAGUACAAUGAACAAAAUGUGAAUGAUGGCGAAAUACACACUUUUAUAAAAAUACUAGACCAAAGAAAGCAUUUUUUUAAACUGAAUAAAUUGAGUAAAAUUAUCGUAAAAAAGACCCCCAAAAAUUGUAAAAUAAAUGGAAAGAAAAGUAUAAAAAUUAUUAUGAACAGGUCAGUUAUUCAGAACGACACCGAACUGGGUCGUAUAAUUAAUAGCAAAACUGUGAUAAGAAACAAAAACGAAAUGAAAAGACUUAAAUAUCGAUUAAUUACGAAAGUGGAAGAAAAUAAUAUUUUUUUAUGUGUAUCGAAAGUAGAUAAAAAAGAACUUUCAUCUACCUUGUUGAACACUUUUUCACCAAAUUGUGAUAAUUUCUCCUGCACAUAUAAAAAAAAAAAAUAUUGCAUGUUCAGGAAAAAAAAAAAAAAAAAAUUUCAAAUAAAGAGUGAUAAAAUAAACAAUCAAAAUGAGAGAAAUAUAUUGAAGAAUAUAAAAAAGAUAGAGGAAAAUGGCAGACCUAUUUUUCCAUUUAAUAUAAACAAAAAUGAUAAUAAAUACAAAGGGGGAAAAAACGACCUUACAAGUCUAAAUGAAAGCUUCAGUAGAGAGAAAUACAUGAAUGAAACUCUUCAUAAGGAGCAUGAUAAGGAAGAAGUUGAAAAGGGGAGAGAAUUCUAUGGAGAUGCUUCUAACAAUUGCGUUAAAAACAAUUUUAAUGAAGAAACUAAGAGCAUAGAUGUGGAUCAUGGAAAAUAUGUAGCUAUGUCGAAGCUCCAACUGAUUGAGGAUGUCCCAUAUAUGAUUAGUAGUUCAGGAAAUGAUGACUUGUUAAUACAGUUUAAAGAGUUACUGACAAAACAUAUAUUAUCUCUUAACAUUUUAAGUAAACAAAUAGAUGAAAAGGAAAUAGUUAGCGAAAUUAAUGAUGAAGUGAUAAUAAUAGGAAUAAAAUUAUUUUUAAAUGAUAAGUACAUAUUACUCUUUGUUGAUGCAUUAAAUAGUAUUGAACACACAGUGAGAAAAUGGGUUGAUCAUAAUGAACAAGCAUUAAAAUGUUAUAUUAAACAUAGUUGGAAAUUUUCCAAUUUUUUUAAGUAUUACCCCAUAAAUGUAUAUACUUUUUUUUGUCAUUUUUUAAACAUUCUUGAAAAUCUAGUUGAGCAAUAUCCUUUUUAUUUUUCCAUUUCGAUGGAGGACAUACUCCCCCUAGAUUCUCACACAAAGUGA